CGUCUGCUAUUGCUGCGUAACAGGUGCCACCUUGCGGUCAUUUUCCUUGGAGGUCCAGCGCCAGAUCUUGCCACCGGGAGAACAUGCCCAUUUCCCAAAUCUGCUGGUUGUAUUUAUACUUGUGUUGUUGACAGUUUUAGUGUUAAUUUAUUGUGAAGAAUAACUCGUCAUCAUCGGAAGUGACUCACUGAAAGUCACUUCGUGCUAUCACACUGGGCAUAGUCUCACCGCGGUAUGCAUGUGAGUUUUCAUGCAUGACAGAUACAUUUCCUAAGAAGCGCCGCUUGCAUACACGCAUCAGUCAGCACUGCACAAUCGAAGUUAGUGCGGCAAUUUGUUUAACUGCGAGAGAAAAGGGAAAACAAAUUUCCAACAAACAUGCCACGUAACCAGCCUCUUCUUGUGAUGUGGAACCGCAGUUUACAUCUUGGAGGACCGCGAGGAGAAAAGAAACGCGAACAAAGAAACACAUCAAAACAACGGCCCAAGAUGGCUGCCCCCUUGCACAUUGGACGUGUGAAGCACGUCAAACCUCGAAGAAAUCGAAAAUUGGCAAGGUCAAAACCUUACUUCGUCGAAGAAAGUAAACCUUACGCUCGCAGUGGCCACCGUGCUGUGGCGGACAAUGCCAACCUGUAUAUAUUUGGCGGCUACAAUCCGGACCUGUUUGAAGACCAUUUCGAAGAGGAUGAUGCUUGUAAUCCAUUAUUUAAAGAGCUAUGGUGCUAUAACUUUGCUUCUGGUCUCUGGACAGAAGUUGAAACCUCAGGACACAUGCCAGAGGAAUUGGCGUCAAUGUCGAUGCUUAUUAGUGGCAAUACAAUAUUAGUGUACGGCGGUACUGGUUUCCCAUUUGGUCAAGCCAGUAGCAAUAAUCUGUAUGCAUUAAAUGUCAAAACAAAAGUAUGGAGUACAAUAAAGUGUUCCGGAGAUGCACCUAUUCCUACCUAUGGUCAGUCUACUGCUUUAGUUGAUUGUAGCUUGUAUGUGCAAGGGGGCACCACAGGAUGGCAGUAUAACUCAGAUGUCCAUCGUCUCAAUCUUCAGACCAGAGAAUGGGAAAGACUCUUUGACACUGAAGCAGAAAUUGAAAGACUUAUAAAAACCAGAGGCACCUUGUUGAACCGUGAACUUCCUAUACCGGAGCCAAGAUAUCGCCAUGAAAUGGCCACAGAUGGUAAACGACUGUAUAUUUUAGGAGGAGGUACAUCAUGGAGUGUUUACCCACUAGAUAAAGUGCAUAGUUUUAAUUUUGAAACUAAUCGUUGGGAAAUUAUACAGACUAAGGCUUCAUAUAUGGGUUAUUUUCCACCACCACGUCGGUGUCACAGUUGUGUUCAACAAGGAAAUGAUGUUUACAUUUGUGGCGGGUAUGAUGAGCAUCGUAUAUUUGGUGAUAUAUGGAAACUGACUUUAGACAAUUUAAGAUGGUCAAGACUCCGAGCCCGACUUCCAGAACCUGUUUAUUUCCAUGCUGCGGCUAUCACACCCGCAGGUUGUAUGUACAUUCAUGGAGGAGUUACAUCAAUCUACGGGGAUGAGAGGACAGCAGAGCUUUACAGGGUAUGGCUGUAUGUACCAACGUUAUUAGAAAUCUGCUGGCAGAAAAUGAUCUCAGUUAUACCUCAGCUUGACCGGCUACCCUAUGAUAAACUACUAUCCCUGGGCAUACCAAGACAGCUGAUUGAAAGAAUACAACGACAGUAAGGGACAAUAAACCAAUAUUUCGAGUAUGUGGAAGUUGAUAAUAAUAUUUGAGAAGUUUUCUCACUUCCACAUACAGUAAUUGAAUACAGACAACUAUAAACUACUAUUUGAUGUUAAGUAUGGAGAAUUCUUUGAGGUAGAUUGAGAAAUUACAUCAUCAGAUGAUGACUUUUUGCCUUAUAAUAAUAUAGCAACCCUAAGUAUUAGAACAAAACACUAGGACAGAGUGUUGUAGCGCCUUACAUUGCAUUUUUAGACUAACAAAAUAGAGUGAAGCAUUGAUACGUCAAAUUAGCUGACUCUUAAAACUACAGUCUACUGCUGUGGUAUUCAGUAUCCAUGUACUGGCCAAACUUGAGGAAGAAACAAUCAUAGUACAAAGACUGAAGCAGUUACGUGGGUUGACAUGAAUGCAAAAUGAGGAUAUCACUUUUUGAUUGGUUACUUCCUUUGAAUGAAUGAAUAUGUCAAUCAUUAUUGAAAAAGUGUGAGUGAACAUGAAUGGGUUGAUGUACAAGGUCUAUUAAAGUUAUUUUUAUUGAAUACUGUAUGUUGAUCUGCAACUCAGAUCCGUCCGGAUAAUACUCUCAAAUCAUCAGUCUUUGUAAGUGCCCAUACGUUACUCAUUAUUCCACCCAUUAGAGGGAGUUUUCUAAUAUUUAUUUUACAUUCCUACUAAUUAAAUCAUUGGCCCAUUUUUUUUCAGUUUGAACAUCGUGUCCUUGGGUUAGGUUUUAUUCAGUUCAACCAAGUUAAGUCAUGUCCCAGUACCAGGUUUUGUUAUUUUGAAAUUUCAUUGUGAUUUCCACGCCAAUGGUCUUUGUUUACAGACAUAGUGCGUUUGAUCUAAUUCAUCAGCUCAUCUAGGAUGACUGCGAUAUCUAUAGUUCCAGGGUAACGUGUGUUUGAUGAAUUAUAUAUAAUAAUACCUUGAAUCUAUCACAACUAUCUUCAGCCACAUGAAAUGUUUUUUUAUUCUAAAGAAUUAUUAACCAGAAUCCAAUGUUAUUUUUACUUGACUUGAGAAAAACUCAUCUGCUUGAAGUUGUUUAUACAGUCUGUCACUAAUAUGAACCAUUAUAGAUCAUUUAAAUGUGAAUGAGCAACUUAAUCAAAAUUGUCACAAAGGACAAAAUUUAUAACUGCCUUCAGAGUUAACUUAGCUUUCACCACUUUUGUUCAUUCAUCUCAACUUCAUUACAAAAAAACACUGUCCUUGAAGUUUGUUUUUUCA